AUGGACGACUCCGACCAGGAACUGGGGCGGGAAGCCUCGGUAGUAGACUGGGCAAACCGCCACCAUGAGGACCAUGGUCGUGUCGUGAACCCAGAGAUAUCUUUCACCAUGUCCCCAGCAUGUACGUCGCAUCGGCGCUCAACGAAACGCGGAUCGUCGGAGAGACUACCAUACCCCUCAAUACCGGAACAAGACUUCGUCCAUCGCGCGUUCAAGCACGCUCCGCCCCUUUAUGGGUGCACCAUGUUGGGUCUUUGGCCAGAACUCGGGUGGGUCGAGUGCGCGAUGGGCAAAACGCGUCCACCCCCACCCGAGCGGCCGUUCGAGGGCAUGCUCACCAUCCACUCCGAGCUCUUCCCUAUCGCGGCGAGCGAGUACAAGUUCGGCCGACUAUCGGAAGAAGAGGUGACGGUCACGCCCAUGCUCGACAAGCUCCUGUGGCGGAGCGACGCGGCGGACAAGGAGCCUGUGUGGCACAUCCCGUUCACGAUCCACGUCCUCGCCGACGCGGGGAACAUGGUCGACUGCGCGUGCCUCGCCGGCAUCGUCGCGCCCAAGCACUUCCGAAGGCCGAAGGCCGAGGGUGAGGGUGAGGAGCUCACCGUGCAUCCCCCGUCGGAACGCGCGCCCGUGCCCUUGUCCAUGCCCCGCACGCAGGCGUUCUACCCGGACUCGGACACACCGCCCCUGCCCGACCCGUUGCACCUUCAAGAAACGCUGAGCGAGGGGCUGCUCACCGUCGCACUCAACGCGCAGCGGGAGCCCUGCGUGGCCCAGAAGGCGACUGGUAUAUACAGGAUCGUGGAAGCGCAGCUCGUGGUGGACUGGAGGGGAACAAAUGUGGAGGUGCGGUAG